AUGCUUGAUUUGAUAAAUGAUUUUGAAUCAGAUAUGCACAAAUUUGGAGGUCUUGCUUCAGUUAUUCGGGAACUUAGUAACUCAGAUCCUGGAAUAAGGGUGGCCUGUGCAUGGAUUGUUGGUAAAGCCAGUCAAAAUAAUCCUGUAGUUCAGAAACAGGUCCUUGAACUUGGAGCAUUGCCAAAGCUAAUGACAAUGGUGAAAUCUAGUGUGUUAGAGGAAGAAGCAAUAAAAGUGUUGUAUGCUAUUUCAGUGAUUAUUAGAAACAACCUAAAUGGCCUGAAAUUGUUCUAUUCCGAAGGCGGCGACCUGAUGCUAAAGGAUGUUCCUUUUUUCUGCAAUUGUGCACUGGUGAGGCUGCUGAUUGAUUUGACAGCAUCAGGUGACCUUGAUCUCUACGAGAAGGUGUUAGUUAAUUUCCUCAGACCCGCUAAAAACCUCAAGAAAGACGGGUCAUGGGUAUUGGUUACGGGUCCUAUAGAUGGUAUUGGUAAUGCCUUUGCCUUCCAACUGGCUAGUAAAGGACUAAAUUUGGUUCUUGUGGGUCGGAAUCUUGCUAAACUAAACGACGUUUCAGAUUCAAUCCGAACUAAAUUCAAACAAACCCAAAUCAAAGUUGUUGUGGUUGAUUUUAGUUGUGAUUUAGAUCAUGGGAUUGAGAGGAUUAAGGAAACAGUUGUUGGUAUAGAUGUUCGGGUUUUGAUAAAUAAUGUUUGGGGUUUGCUAUCCUUAUGCUAG